CCGCUCAAGAAUGACAGAGGCUGAGGCCCAGAAGCGGCUCUUACUAAGUCCCGCCUACAAACGAAUCCAUUGGUCAAGACGCCCAAAUAGCCCAAUAUGAUUGACUAAAAGCUAUGUCAAUCAUAUUUAACAACUCAAGCUGCGUUCAAUACACAAUGUCUUGUACAUGUAAUUAUCCGUUUUCAGAAUCAGAAUUCUGUUUGGUUGUCCAUGUUUGAGUUAACGUACGUGAAAUGCGUUUUUGUUGUUGUUGUGGUGCUUUACAACACAUUAACUAGAAGAUAUGAUUAAAAUAGGCUCAUGAUAAAGAUUAAGGCAGAGUAAAUUAAGAAAACCUAUGACUGUAAGAGAAUGGUCCUAGGAUACCACUAUCAAUUUGUGUUGUUUUUAUGCAAGUUCAAUUCUGAUUCUGAUUUGGAUUGGAGUGGUUGAAUGAUGAAACGUUGUUUGAAACUUUGAAAUAUGUUUUACUGUUAUUGACUUCGUAGUUGCAUUUGUGGAAAAAAUGUUUUGCAAAAAAACUGCCCAAACUUUUCUGGCAAUGUUAGUUAACCAUUAUAAUUGUGUUGUCUGCAUUGAUAUAAGCCAAGCAAGUGCAUUCGGAAGAUAAGGGAUAAUUCUGAACAGAAGCGUCUGACCGUCCUUGAACGCAGCUUAAAGCCAACCAGUUGCUUAGCAACAGUUUGUAAACAACAGGGGACUAUCGAGGUGCUACACGUGUAGCCCUGUUCUUGAGAAAACAGCAGAUAACUUUUACAGUUGUCUUGAGGUAACAGUGAAGUAAAGUGAAACUACAGCCCUGUCAGCAUGAGUGGAUUCUGUGAUAAAUCUGAGCCCAUUUUGAUGAGUGACGAGAUUCUGCAGAAAGCAGUCGAUGAGCAAACGCCUCAAAAUCAUGCUGGGAGAGUCGACAAGGCCAAGGGAAAACACUUUAAUGAUGUCCUCAAAAUACGCCUGGAAUACCUAAACAUCUUGAAGAUUAGCCACUUAAGGGACUUCACAUCCUUGACCAGACUUGAUCUGAACAAUAAUCUCAUAGAGAGGAUUGAGGGCCUGGAUCAUCUGUUGAAUCUGACCUGGCUCAAUCUGUCUUUUAACAGAAUAAAGAAAAUUGAAGGUCUGGAGUCUCUGCGCAAGCUUGAAUUGCUGAAUUUAUCUGACAACAAAAUCUCCGUCAUUGAAAACAUGGAUGAGCUUGAGAAAAUGACGAACUUCAGCUUCGCAAACAACCUCCUUGAACAGCUGGACAGCGUGCUCUAUCUCAAGAAAUUCAAGAAUCUGUUCACCCUCAACCUCUAUGGAAAUCCCGUCUCCAAGGAGGAUGAUUACACCUUGUUUAUUGCUGCUCACUUUCCAAACUUGAUGUGUCUGGACUACAGAUUAUUCAAUGAGAAGACGAAAAAAGAAGCUUCUAUCAAGUACUAUUGUGUCAUUGAGGAAACAAGACACGAAGAGCUGCAAAAACAACAAGUUUUGGAUGCUGAAAAACGCCAGAAAGCUGAACUCCAAUUACACACGGACGCCUUUGUGGAGUUCCUCAAUGGAUCAUGUCUGUUUAAGAGCAUGGUCAAAGAUGAUCCAGAGGCAGAGACACUACACUGUGUAGCAGGAGUGGCCCCUCUGCUUCAAUCAUUUGAGCAGCAAAUGGUGGCACUUUGUGUGCAGUUGUUUGAAGCGGGCAUGGCUGAGCAUAAACAACGAGAGGCAGAGGUGAACUCCUUCCUGAGUGGUCAGACUCAGGCUGUGACAGAUUACCAGAAGAGAGCAGCACAGAUAUUGGCAGAAUUUGAGCAGCAACAUAAAGAGAUGCUAUUGGAGCUGCAGCAGUUAUCAGACCCAGACAUAGUGGAGGUCAAGGUCAGCCACCACAGUAAUGAAAUCGAACAGCUUUGUACCAGCCUCAUGUCACUGGAGUUUCAGCUGGUCAGCCAGCUGGAGGAAAUCAUCAAAAAGUUGGAAAUCAACAUCUCAGACAUGGUGGCCAACUUCACUGAAUCUGUUCAAGGGAUAUUUGCCCAGUGUCGAGAGUUACAGGAUAAUUAUCACCGGAAGGUGCAAGAGAUCGCUGUGGCAACUCUGAAGAAAGUGGCCAUGGACAAUCGGGAUGAGGACAUGCCAGAUGAAGUUAGAAUGCUGUUUAUGGACAAAGACACAGUGAUGGAUGCGCUGGCCACCGCUCAUGAUAACCACCUGCAGAAGAUCAAUGACAGAGAGACUCAGUUGGUCACACGUGUCGAUGCCUGGCGAGUGGCUCUCAUUAAAGAGAUUCAAGACAAAGAACUUAAGCGGAACCGCACAUGCGUCUCAGACAUCCUCAGAUAUACAGACUAUUUGCGAGAGCAGCUGGAGGAGUUUCUGUUCCAUGAUUUUUUACCUCACCCUCCAGGACAACUUUAACAAUUGUGUGUGUCCAACUAGUAUCACUUGUUAUCUGUUCUUGUUCCAUAACCUAAUUGUCCAGUUUUUUUCCCACUGGUUGAGAUAAUAAAAGACUGCUUCACGUUU